GCCCUGGCCCCGCCUUCGCGGAACCCCACAACCACGCGGCCGCCUCUCCCUCCUGCAGUUGCGCGCGCCUCCUUCCUCUUCCGUUCCGUUUGUGCUGCACGCCCCCCCCCCUCCGGUCUCCGCGCGGCACGUGACCCGGUUUCCUCCUGACCUAUCCACCCUCCCCGGAGAGAAGGGGAGGGGGGAGGGAGAAGGGAAGGAAGGCAACGCGAAAGAGGGAGAGAGAGAAACCGAUAUGUCACGGAGUUCCCGCGAGAUGUGACGAGAACCGGGUGGGAGGGGGGGAGAAAAACCCGGGCUUUAAUGUGCGGCUCGGCCGGCGGUCGUGAGGGGUAACACAAGAACCUGUAGAAUAUGAGUGAUGACAAACCCUUUCUAUGUACUGCCCCUGGAUGUGGACAGAUCAAACUCCAACGCCAACUCGAUUUUUAAAGAAUUGUGAAGAAGUGGGCUUAUUCAAUGAACUAGCAAGUCCUUUUGAAAAUGAAUUCAAAAAAGCUUCUGAAGAUGAUAUUAAAAAAAUGCCUCUAGAUUUAUCACCUCUUGCAACUCCAAUUAUAAGAAAUAAAAUUGAAGAGCCUUCAGUGGUUGAAACAACUCACCAAGAUAGUCCCUUACCUCAUCCAGAGUCUACGACCAGUGAUGAGAAGGAACUGUGUCUGCAGCCAUCUGCCCAACCUACUUCCACAAUUGUACGGCCAGCUUCUCUACAGGUUCCUAAUGUGUUGCUUGCAAGUUCUGACUCAAGUGUCAUUAUUCAGCAAGCCAUACCUUCACCAACAUCUAGCACUGUCAUAACACAAGCUCCAUCUUCCAAUAGGCCAAUAGUACCGGUGCCAGGCCCUUUCCCCCUUUUGUUGCAUCUUCCCAAUGGACAAACCAUGCCUGUUGCUAUUCCCGCUUCAAUCACAAAUUCUAAUGUGCACGUACCAACUGCAGUUCCACUUGUCAGACCUGUUACCAUGGUGCCUAGUAUCCCAGGAAUUCCAGGACCCUCAUCCCCACAACCGGUGCAGUCAGAGGCAAAAUUGAGAUUAAAAGCUGCUUUGACCCAGCAGCAUUCUCAGGUAACAAAUGGAGAUACUACUAAGGGACAAACAAGUGGACUAGUUCGAACUCAGUCAGAGGAAGCACGACCACAAUCACUACAACAGCCCGCCACGUCUACUACUGAAACACCGGCCUCUCCUGCUCAGCCUGCACCACAAACGCCAAAUACAGGAGGCCGGCGAAGAAGAGCAGCAAAUGAAGAUCCCGACGAAAAAAGACGGAAAUUCUUAGAGCGGAAUAGAGCAGCUGCUUCAAGAUGCAGACAAAAAAGAAAAGUUUGGGUCCAGUCUUUGGAGAAAAAAGCAGAAGACCUGAGCUCACUAAACGGUCAAUUACAGAAUGAAGUCACCCUGCUGAGAAAUGAAGUGGCACAGCUGAAACAGCUACUUCUGGCUCAUAAAGAUUGUCCUGUUACAGCCAUGCAGAAGAAAUCUGGCUAUCAUACAACAGAUAAAGAUGACAGUUCCGAAGACAUUUCCGUGCCAAGUAGUCCUCACACCGAAGCUAUUCAGCAUAGUUCCGUCAGCACUUCUAAUGGAGUAAGCUCCACCUCCAAGGCAGAAGCAGUGGCUACGUCAGUUCUCAGCCAGAUGCCUGACCAGAGUACAGAGCCAGUGCUGUCACAGGUUGUCAUGGCUCCUCCGUCCCAAUCACAGCCUUCAGGAAGUUGAUCAAAAACUUAACUUUGUUUUUAGAUAUUCCUUAGCAGCUUCAAAGGGAAACCAAGGAAAUAGCCUUCAUCUAGGAAACAUCUGUAGCUUAAUAA